ACUCAUACGGAAUCGUGAAAUUCAUUUCGCUUCGGUCAGGACAGGUGCAGAGAGUUCUGGAACAUCCAUUUUCACUUGGUGAAACUGAAACGUUCGGCGGUAUUACGAUAUGUCUUACUCAAGAAGUUCGAGAUACUCUCCUUCAGUAUCUCCUUACGCCAAGCGUCGUGGAAGGUCUGUCUCAAGGUCCUUGUCUAGAAGCCGGUCGAGGAGUAUCUCUACCGAUGCUGAGAAUCCUGGUAACAGCUUAUAUGUAACUGGAUUGUCUCACCGGGUAACUGAAAGAGAUCUGGAGGAUCAUUUCUCUAAAGAAGGAAAGGUAACUGAUGUUCACCUUGUCCUGGACCCUUGGACUAGAGAGUCUCGCGGUUUUGGUUUUAUCUCGAUGGAAACUGUUGGUGAUGCCAACCGCUGCAUCAGAUAUCUAGAUCACUCUGUACUCCUCGGCCGCGUCAUUAAAGUUGAGAAGGCAAGACGUCGUAGAGGACGUACUCCAACUCCUGGAAAGUAUUUGGGGCUGAGAACAGCUCGAGGACGCCAUAGGUCUCCUAGCAAUUCUCUCAGCAGGUCUGUUAGCUGCUCUCGUAGUCGCAGUCGAAGCUACUCAUCUGAUCGGAGCAGAUCUUAUUCACCUUACUAUAGGCGAGGCAGAUCUUACUCUCUUUCCAGAUCUCCAUCACCUUACUAUAGACGCGACAGAUCAUACUCACCCUACUACAGGCGGAGGUACCGAUCCAGGUCCAGAUCCUACUCACCUCACUACAGAGCAAGGGAUAGAUCAUACUCACCUUACUACAGGCGGAGGUACAAGUCCAGGUCAUACUCGCCACACUACAGAACACAUGCCAGAUCAUACUCACCUUACUACAGGGGAAGAGACCGGUCUUUUUCGCCUUACUACCGAGGGAGAGACAGGUCCUACUCACCUGAAAGUCGUUACUACAAAAGGUACAGGUCAGUGUCGAGUAGCGUAAGCCCUUUGAGGACAAGCAAAUCACGGAGCAUAUCCCUGAAGAAGGUAAGGAAAGGGAGCAGAAGUAAGUCUCGCAGGCGCGACAGUCAAUCUUCGAUGAGCCAUUCGAGGAGUGCAAGAUCAAGCACCUCCAGAUCCGUCAGCCCAUAACACUCUGCUUACUCGGUGUUGACAUCAAUCACUCACGUUUGUUGUUGUAGUAAAUAGUUUGGAUUUGAGUCUAUUCCUUGUAUUUGGGAAUGAUGGCAUAAUGGAGUCUGUGUUGGUUUUAGAAUAUGUGUUAUAUCAGUUAUAUGGCGACGUUGCUUAUCCUGAUUGAAUCAGUCACCUUAAUAAAUUACCAAAAAGGAGUUUGAGUCUGUUAUAAGUAAUGUACUAAUGUUAAUGAAAUAUCCACUGUGUUACAAAAUAUA